AUGGCGACCGUUAGUCAAGAAGAAGCUCAAGUGGAAAGCAUCACCAUACCAGUACCAGUUAGAAAGAGUUCACCUGAUCAUCUGCUUCGAGUCCUUGGUUGUUGUAAUGGGUUGUUGCUUAUCGGUAUUGACCAAGACUUGUUCUUGUGGAACCCUCUCACUAGGUACUUCAAGAAUGUGAUGUCAUAUAAGUGCUUGCAAGAUGAUGGAUAUGAAAUUGUUUCUGGACUAUGCUACAACUCCUCCAUCGAUGAGUAUAAGGGUGUAAUGGUGCUUGUUCAUUUUAGUUCGGAUGUUGGGGGUGAAUAUGUUGUGAUUUAUAAUCUUAGAAGCAAACGUGCGACAAUGGUUAAUUUUCCGUAUGAGUUAAGUAUAGUCCAUUCUGGGCCUAUUGUGAAUGGUUCUCUGCAUUGGUAUGUCCCUAAGAAAGGUGCUUUCUGCCAAUUUCCAUCCCACCAAAUUAUUUACUUCGAUCCAAAAACUAAAGAUUUUGAGGAGAUACCAAUGCCACAACCCAAGCGGGAGGAUGGAGAUCGCAUUCUUGGGUUGGGAGAUUUGCAUGGAUGCCUCUGCAUGGCUCGUUUGGUACAUCCAAGCAACCACUAUGGAUCCAAUGUUGAGGUGCUGGCGAUGAAGGAACAUGGAGUAGAAAAAUCUUGGACCAUGAUGUUCAUCAUAUCACAUAUCCUUUUUUGUCUUUCUAAUACGGUAGUGCCAUUGGGUUACACAAAGGAUGGUGAAGCUCUAAUAGAAAUUGGGUCUGAUGAGGUGGGGCAACAUAAGUCAGACAGUUCACAUAUCUUGGCAUACAGUCCUGUUGACUAUUCCCGUAGAAGAAUUAUGAUUCCUAAUGUUCUUUUUAAGUUUAACACAUUUAUGCAUGUGGAAAGCUUGGUUAAUCCUAGUUGA